AUGGGAAAUAGCGCGAAACAGAGGAGCAGGAUCCAGCGGCAAGUACUCUUUCCCUUCCUGCUGCCUUUGUUCUGCGGGACGCUCUCGGAGCAGAUCCGUUACUCUAUUCCGGAAGAAAUGGCCAGGGGUUCGGUGGUGGGGAACCUCGCUGAGGAUCUGGGGUUGCAGGUACAAGAUUUAUUGUCCCGCAACCUCAGAGUUAGUGCGGAGAAACAAUACUUUACCGUGAAUACAGAGAAUGAAUUGGUGCUGGAGAAGCCCCUGGACCGGGAACAGCAGAGCUCCCAUCUCCUGGUCCUAACAGCGAUGGAUGGUGGCAACCCUGUCAGAACUGGCACCACCGAAAUCCGGAUUAAGGUCACCGACGCCAAUGACAAUCCCCCAGUGUUCAGUCAGGAUGAAUAUAAAGUCAACCUGCGUGAGAAUGUGCCCCCAGGCACCUCUGUGCUAAUGGUGACAGCCACUGACCUGGACGAGGGUCUUAAUGCUGAGAUUACCUACUCUUUUAAAACACUAAGAGAUGAUAUUGGAAAUAUGUUUAUGCUAGACCAUCAAAGUGGAGAAAUCAAAUCUAAAGAUCUCAUAGACUUCGAAAUCAGUAGUAGCUAUACCAUGAGCAUAGAAGCCAAGGAUGGUGGAGGCAUGGCCGCAGAAUGUAAAAUUAUACUCGACAUUCUAGAUGAGAAUGAUAAUGCCCCAGACGUGGUUUUCACUUCGGUAUCAAGUUCUGUUCCGGAGGAUGCAGAACUUGGGACGGUGAUAGCUCUGUUCAAAACAUAUGAUAAAGAUUCUGGGGAAAAUGGGAAAGUAACAUGCCUCAUAAAAGAAAACGUUCCUUUUAGAAUAGAAUCUUCUGCCAAUAAUUACUACAAACUUGUAACAGAAGGGGCCCUGGACCGGGAGCAGACCCCGGAGUACAACAUUACCAUCAUAGCCACCGACAAGGGCGAGCCGCCGCUCUCCUCCAGUACAAGCGUCACCCUGCACAUUGCCGAUGUCAAUGACAACCCUCCGGUUUUCCAUCAGGACUUCUAUAUGGUACAAGUGUCUGAAAACAAUCCUCCAGGCGCCUCCAUUGCGCACGUUAGCGCCUCAGACUCGGACUUGGGGCCCAAUGGCCACAUCUCCUAUUCCAUCGUGGCCAGCGAUCUGGAACCGCGGGCGCUGUCGUCCUACGCGUCUGUGAACUCACAGAGUGGGGUGGUGUUCGCGCAGCGAGCCUUCGACCACGAGCAACUGCGUGCCUUUGAGCUGACGCUGCAGGCGCGUGACCAUGGCUUGCCCGCGCUCAGCGUCAACGUGAGCGUGCGUGUGCUGGUGGGCGACCGCAACGACAAUGCGCCCAGGGUACUGUACCCAGCGUUAGGUCCCGAUGGGUCGGCGCUGUUCGACACCGUGCCCCUUGCUGCACAACCGGGCUAUCUGGUCACCAAGGUGGUGGCUAUAGAUGCAGACUCGGGACACAAUGCCUGGCUGUCCUACCACGUGCUGCAGGCCAGCGAACCUGGUCUCUUCAGUCUGGGGUUUCGCACCGGCGAAGUGCGUACUGCUCGCGCCUUGGGCGAAAGGGAUGCAGCCCGCCAGCGCCUGCUGGUCGCUGUGCGCGAUGGAGGACAGCCACCCCUGUCGGCCACCGCCACGCUGUAUCUAGUUUUUGCUGACAACUUGCAGGAGGCGCUGCCAGACCUCAGCAACCGCCUCACACCCUCUGACCCCCAGGCUGAACUGCAGUUCUAUUUGGUGGUGGCCUUGGCCUUGAUCUCCGUGCUCUUCCUCCUCGCAGUGAUUCUGGCCAUAGCCCUGCGCCUGAGACGCUCUUCCAGCCCCACCACCUGGGGCUGCUUUCAGUCUGCUCUCUGUUCUAAGACUGAAUUUGGGGUUUCUGCAAACUACAGCGAGGGAACUUUGCCUUAUUCCUACAAUCUGUACCUAGCCUCUGAUUCAGGAAAAACCAAGCUUAAUCUUCUCACCAAGACUCCAGAAAUGGCUCCCCCACAAGAUCUCUGUAAAGAAGCUUCCUUGAUAGGAGAGAAAAGCAGAGAGAUCCUGCUCACCGUGCACGUUAAACUGGGAAAGCACCGACAGAAACUAGACAAUCAUCUCUCCGACUGUGAGGCAACUGAGUGGAGGAACUCUGGCACCCAACAGUCAGAUUUCAAGAAUUGA